UCAUAUUGUAGAACGGAAUAUAUAUACGUAAUAGAUGUGUUAUUAUUAUUAUGGUUAUUUUAAUAAUCGUUCAAAUAAUUUUACACUAAAUAUAUUUGUAAGUUUUUAGUGAUUUGUUUCCUCCGCUCUUCGAUUCGUUUCUUCGUUCCAUCACUCAUGGCUGUAACUACCAUACCGGUAAACCCGAAGCCGUUCUUGAACAACUUAACCGGAAAGACGGUUAUCGUCAAGCUCAAAUGGGGAAUGGAAUACAAAGGUUUCCUCGCCUCUGUUGACACCUACAUGAACUUGCAGCUUGGAAACACUGAAGAAUACAUCGAUGGACAGUUGACAGGAAACCUCGGAGAGAUCUUGAUCAGAUGCAUCAACGUUUUGUAUGUCCGAGGUGUGCCAGAAGAUGAAGAACUCGGAGACGCUGAACAAGACUUGCCUGUGCCGGUUGCCGAUUUUUCUGUAACUGGGAUGGAAUGCUUGUCGUUUCUAGCCAUCGUUUCCAGGCCCUCAUAUUGCGGCCCAAAAUACAUAUGAGGAAUCUACUGGCCACAUUCAGAGAAAAUAAAUGAUCCACUUAGCCAUGACGAACACAGUAUUGUAGAAUAGUUUUACAGUAUAAACUAUAAACGUAUAAUCAUUUUUUUUUCAGAUGAAUUGUAAGGCAAAAGGUUAAGGUUAAAAAUAAAAUAAAAAAGGUAAAAUCGUUUGAGUUGAUUAGUUGAAUUUUGUUUUUAUUUUUAUAGGUCAAGAAAAACUACGCCCGAACCAAGCGUUCGUAGCUUGGUGGUAAAGGAGGUACAUCUGUACUGCCCGCCACCCGGGUUCGAGUCUUGGCCACAACGGAUUUAACAUCCCUUCCGUUGGGGCGCUGGACCCCUUUCGGGGAUAGUUGGGAAUAUGGCUGCCCAGAUACCAGAGUUAUCAAAAA